UAAAAAAUUAAAAAGAAAGAGAGUCUGGCAGCAGACACAGUACGAUGUUUUUGGUGGUAAGACCAUGUGGUUCUUCUUCUGCGGGUAUUCAUCGUCUUCAACCCACUCCCACAUCGCACCGUAGUAGAAACGUCGUCAUUAGAUGCUCGCUCACCAGCGUGCAGGAGAAGAAGGAGAAAGCUCAGUUGGAUUCGGAGCUGCAGCCUUCCCUGGCAUUUCCGCCGAUCAGGGCGGCGAAGAGGGUGGUUCUGGUGAGGCACGGGCAAAGCACGUGGAACGCGGAGGGGAGAAUCCAAGGAAGCUCUAAUUUCUCUGUUCUGACGAAGAAGGGGGAGUCUCAGGCUGAGACCUCACGCCAAAUGCUCAUCGACGACCACUUCGAUGCCUGCUUUGCCAGUCCUUUGGCUCGAUCCAAGAAAACCGCUGAAAUCAUUUGGGGAUCUCGCCAGGACCCCAUCAUUACCGACUUUGAUUUGAGGGAAAUCGAUUUGUACUCCUUUCAAGGUCUGCUGAAGCAUGAGGGGAAAGCAAAAUUUGGUUCUGCUUAUCGUCAAUGGCAGGUGGAUGCUGAGAAUUUCAUCAUUGAUGGUCAUUAUCCAGUUAGAGAAUUGUGGGAACGUGCUAGAAGCUGCUGGACUAAAAUCUUAGCUCAUGAUAGCAGGUCUGUUCUUGUGGUUGCUCACAAUGCUGUUAAUCAGGCUCUUGUUGCCACAGCAAUUGGUCUGGGGUCCGAGUAUUUCAGAACAUUACUUCAGAGCAAUUGUGGUGUUAGUGUGCUGGACUUCAUCCCAAGAUCUGAGGAUGGAUCUCCGCAUAUUUGCCUUAACCGCUUAAAUCAGACCCCUGGUUCACCUAUUGCUGGUGGGAAAUCUGGAGGUCGAGAGACAAGUAAGAGGAUCAUACUUGUUUGUAAUGGAUCAACACAAGGAAAUACAGAGGAUGGUUUUCCUUUGGGUGGUGAUCAACCAUUGAACAUGCUUGGUGUCAUACAGUCCCAGAAAUCUGCAGAGCUACUACUUGAUUUGAGAGUGAGUUCCAUAAUUAGCAGUCCUAAUAAAGCCUGUGUUGGGACAGCCUCGGUAAUCUCCCAGGUACAAGAAGCUGCAGACUGCUUGGGAGCUGACUGUGUGCCUCGAUAUGUUGAGAUGAAGCAGAUGGGGGACCUUGAUGUUGAAGCUAUCUUCAAACAAUCUGAAACGGAUAUAUCCAAUUUUCCGCCAUUUCAACCUGGUUGGUUAAAUAGAGUUGAUGAUGGACUGAGAACAACAUUAUGGAAUCAAUCUGGAAAAGCCUGGCUAUCUUUGUUGGAUGAAAUAUCUGAUGAAUCUAAGCAAGGAGAAGUUAUAGUGGCAGUUGGUCAUCCUGCAAUAAACAUAGCACUAAUGGGGCACUGCCUUAAUUUGAGCAAAGAAUGGUUGGGAUCAUUUCAUCUUGAUGCAGGAAGCGUUAGUGUUCUUGAUUUCCCUGAUGGAGCUAAGGGAAAAGGUGUCAUCAGAUGCAUAAAUUAUACUGCACAUUUGGGGAGGUGGUCCAUACCUAUCACAAGAUCAACAGAAGAUGGUGAAGAGUUUUAAGUGUAAACAUGUGAUUCUAAAAUGGAAUUGUAGAGUUUCAGAGGUUCAACAUGGUCAAGAUGGUUGAAAUUUCAAGGCAUCAUGACUGCAAAAGUGAAAUCUUAUAAGGUAUUUCACUUAUAAGAUCACUUCAAGAUAUAGAUAUUACUUGAUGUGAUAUGUACAGUUCAUAACACCAAUCAUCCAAGAUUACUUUCUCAAUUGUGCUGCAUUUUUCUUUUCAAAUAGCAAUUUAGAAUAUAGACUAUUUUCCUGUUUAGAAACAAGUCAAUGAACUGUGCUCCUGUUAGCAAAUAAUGACACUGGAAGAAAUUGACAGAACUCAAGAUACAGCAAAAAAUGCUAAGACUCUGAUGAAAUUCGUUAUUGAAGAGGCAUUGAACAUGUCAUGGAACAAAA